CACAAUAGGCAAGCGGUGGCACAAGCAGCCCGGAGUAAGGAAUCACGCCCCCAAGGCGAGCUGGCUGCGUUAUCUGUCAGCUUUCAGUCACGAACAAAGCGCCCUGCGCCUAACACACCCGCUCGCCCAUUUAUAUAGGAACGUCUAGUGGAUUCAUUUCUAUAUAGGAAGGAAAACUUAGAACAGCUUCGCUACUUGUAGUGGCCGCGUCUCCCCACAGUAAAGAGACGCGGGGCUCUUUAAGACUAGUCUCGGCUGGUGCUGAAGCUGAGCAUGCUGGGAGUGCUACUCAGUCCCGGGGCCUGUGCUGGGAGCUUACACUCGGGGUAGAUUGCUCGCUGUGUGACAGUGUCAGUGGGACUCGGAUCCAGAGCAGGACUCAUGUAAUCUUCAAGGUUUGUGUGUGUCACUUUCUGGAAAACAUCAAAAGUUCAGAAUGAACGAGGAUUCAGUAAGAUCUGCAGAAGCACUUGAGACAUUGACUGAAGUGCCUGAGCACAUACAUAGGGGGCUUCCUGAAGAACUGAGUCUUUCCCCCUCUGCCGUGGACAGUAGGAGACUUGGUGUCUGGGCUAGAAGGCAAGUUCAAAGGGGCAAGAAAUUUGGACCAUUUCUUGGUGAAAAAAAGAAGCGCUCUCAAGUAAAGAACAAUGUAUAUAUGUGGGAGGUGUCUCUAAUCACUUUGUGUAUUUUUCCAUGAUACUUUUUGGUGAAGUGGUGUGCAGUGGGUGUUCUCUUUGGUGGAGGUAUACUACCCAAACCUUGGAUGGAUGUGUAUCGAUGCUACUGAUCCUCACAAGGGCAACUGGUUGCGAUAUGUGAACUGGGCUCGCUCUGCAAAGGAACAGAAUUUGUGCCCUCUAGAAAUCAAUAGGGCUAUAUACUACAAGACUCUUAAGCCAAUUGAGCCAGGAGAAGAGCUUUUAGUGUGGUACAAUGGGGAAGACAACCCAGAUAUAGCAGCUGCUAUUGAGGAAGAGAGAAGUGCCAGCCACCGAAGCAAGAGGAACUCGCCGAAAUCCAGGAGGGGCAGAAGGAAAACACUCAAUGGUAAAAAGAAGAUCAACUUAGAAAAGCAAGAAGAGAAGAGUGUUAGUGAUCUCAUUUCUGCCAAAAUGAAGGAUUCACCAGGCAUUCCCAAUGAAGAGGAUGUAAAGCCUCUGGGUUCCCCUAUUCUUUCUCUUGAGCAGACUGCUGUGAUCCAAGAAAUGGUAAACCAGAAUGUCCUUCCAGAGCACGUCUCCAUUUCUACCCAUGAGGUUAAUAUUACAGAAGAAGAAAGUGCUUUAACUGAACAGAUGGAUUUUGAUGACUUGCACAAAGACAGUUCUGAGUCAGUGAAUCAGGAGGAGGAAAAUGGUGAAAUGUUCGAAGAAAUUAAAAGUACAUCUGAUGAAACUCCAGAGGGCUCCCCUAAAAAGAAACUAACUGCUAAAAUCUCGAAACCUAAAGUUGAUGUCAAUGGGGAAUUAACAGAAGGUUUUAUGUAUCCAUGCCAACACUGUGAGAGAAAAUUCACAACUAAACAAGGUCUUGAGCGUCAUAUGCAUAUACAUGUUUCGACUGUUAAUCAUGCGUUUAAAUGCAGAUACUGUGGGAAAGCAUUUGGUACUCAGAUAAAUCGUAGGAGACAUGAGCGGCGCCAUGAAGCUGGACCAAAAAGAAAAACUUUAAUUGUAUCCACAUCCAGUGAAUUUGGUCAGAAGCACAUCAUUGAUUCCCUUAAUGCGACUGAGGAAAAUAACAGUCCUAGAAUCCAUUGUAAAACAAAUGAAUCUGAUAGGGAAAUGUCUUUUCUUUCAGACGAAAAUUGUGAAUCCAGAGAAAUGCAUCCCUGUAAAUACUGUAAGAAAAUAUUUGGAACACAUACAAACAUGCGUCGGCAUCAGCGCAGGGUUCAUGAGCGUCAUCUUAUUCCUAAGGGUGUAAGGCGAAAAGGAAGUCUGCUAGAAGACCCACAGUUACAGACUGAGCAGACACCACCAGCUGAAAAUAUAUAUGUUGCAAAUACAGAAAUUGAGGAAGAUGGGGAAGCUGAUGAUGUGUACAUUAUGGAUAUCUCAAACAAUAUAUCAGAAAACCUUACUUACUAUAUUGAUGGCAGAAUACAGUCAAACAGUACCGGUAGCAGUUGUGAUGUGAUAGAAGUGGAAACUAACUCAGCAGAUGUUCUGGGGCUUAAUUGUUUACUUACACCUAUUAAGGUGGAAGUUUCUCAAAAUAUCAAACCGCUACAGUCAGUCAGUGUGCCAGAUAAUGCACUUAAUGACUCUCCUUGCUGUGGAAAUAAGGAACCAAAAAAGAGAAGAACUAUAAGCCCUCCUCUUUUAACAAAAAUAAAGACUGAAGUUGAACUUGAGCCAAUAACACCUUCUUGUUCUAUCAGUAUCCCACUAAGUGUAUCUGUGAGUGAUAACCUAUCAUUUCAAAAAGAAAAAAAUGUCUAUUUGUCUUCAAAGCUGAAACAGCUUCUUCAAAUGCAAGACAGCAAUAAGUCUCAGGUUAGUCCCUCAUUGGUGUCAGAGGUUCCUAAAUCAGGAGCAGCUGUUUCCUCUUUGUCAACAGUGUCCAACAGGUUUAAAAGGCGUACAGCUUCUCCUCCCAAUUCUCCCCAACACAGUCCAGGAUCUAAAGAAUUUGUGAAACAAGUAGAUGGGAAAACAGCAUGGACUGAAGUAUUAGGCCCAAAAGUGCCAAAAUUUGAAAGCCUUGACAGCUCUCCUGCCUGGAGUUUAUCUGGCAAAGAGGAGAGAGACAGUACUAGUCCACUGUGUUCCGAAGAAUUAAAAUUGUCUAAAGACUGGGUGUCAAAUUCAGCAUUUGGUAGCUCUUUCUUCCAGCAACCAUUGGAUUUAUCUAGUGGAGUAAAACAAAAAUCAGAAAGCCGCAGCCAGUCACAAGUUACUUGGGAAUCUGUACUUGAUCUUAGUGUAAAUAGAAAGGCCGGUAGUGAUUCUGACACAAAGGAAUUCAAAGGGAGUAACUUGUGCAUUGGUAUUAAAAAGAAAAAACCCACCACGUGCAUGCUGAAAAAGGUCCUAUUAAAUGAAUAUGAUGCAAUAGAAAUUACAGGGGAAAAUAAUCCGCAGUCAGAAAGCAAUCUGCACCUCUGUAAAUCUGAAGAUCAGAGACUAGUGUUGGACUUUGGUACUAGUUCAAGUGGUGAAGAAAUAUCUCUUCCUCCUGAUGAUCCUUCACCUCCCCCAGCAGAGAACACACAUGUUGCUGUUAGUCACUCGCCACCCAUUCUCACUUCAUCAGAGGGGCAUCUUAGUCCUACUCCUCCUUCAUUUUUGACAGAUGCAACAUCGCCACCAUCCCUUUUAACCACCACUCUUCCUUCACUCCCAGAUUCUUUAUGCAGUGUGCCCCCUACGCCAUCUUGUCCAUCAUCCAUCUCCGCUAGUACACAGUCACCACUGCCUGUUCUUUCACCUACUGCAUCACCUUCCCCACCCCCUUCUCCUACUGAUGAUCCCUCAGUCUCUGCUUCACCUGGUCCUCCAACCCUCUCAUCUUCAUCUCCCACUUCAUCAUCUUCAUCCUCCUCCUCAUCCUGUUCAUCUCCUCCCCCUUUGUCUGUAGCUUCAUAUGUUGUGUCACCUUCUAUAAAUUCGGAAUCUUCUGCAGUUGUAUUUAUUAAACAAGAGAAGAUUGAGGAAGAGGUGACACAGAUGAAGGAAAAGCAAUCCUUUAAUGAGAGUUUUAAUAAAAGUUUUGUCUGCAAUGUUUGCGAAUCACCCUUUGUCUCUAUUAAAGACCUCGCCAAACAUAUUUUUGUGCAUGCUGAAGACUGGCCCUUCAAAUGUGAAUUUUGUGUACAGCUUUUUAAAGAUGUGCCAAAUCUGUCCGAACACCGUCUUUUGCUACAUGGCGUUGGAAAGAUUUUCGUUUGUUCUUUAUGCAAAAAGGAAUUUGCCUUCCUUUGUAACUUGCAGCAGCAUCAACAAGAUUUGCAUGCAGAUAAAGAGUACAGCCAUCAAGAACUGGAAAGUGGAGCUCUAAGACCACAAAACUAUACAGAUCCCAGUAAGGCAAAUGCAGUUCACAGUGAGAGCUUGGACAAUGAUCCCAUGACUCCAAAUCUGGACGAUGAUGGGGAUUUAAAUGAUUCAUCUGAAGAACUAUAUACAACCAUAAAAAUCAUGGCAUCAGGUGAAAAAACAAAAGAUCAUGAUAUUCGAAUGGGUCUUAACCAGAACUACCCUAGCUUUAAGCCUCCACCUUUUCAGUACCACAACAAAAAUCCAAUGGGUAUUGGAGCAACUGCAACUAAUUUCACUACUCACAAUAUUCCACAAACUUUUACUACUGCUAUUCGUUGCACUAAAUGUGGAAAAGGCGUUGACAACAUGCCGGAAUUGCACAAACAUAUAUUAGUAUGCGCUUCUGCAAGUGACAAAAAGAGAUACACCCCUAAAAAGAAUCCAAUUCCUCUGAGACAGACUGUGCAGCCUAAAAAUGGGGUUGUCAUUUUAGAGGCCUCUGCUAAAAAUUCAUUUCGCCAUAUGGGACAACCUAAAAAGCUUAAUUUUACCAUUGAGAUUGGUAAAUUAUCUUCAAACAAGCUCAAACUAAGUGCUUUUAAAAAGAAAAAUCAGCUUGUCCAUAAAGCAAUAUUGCAGAAAAAUAAGGCUGCUAAACAAAAGACAGGUUUUAAAGCAAAUAUGGCAACAGAUCCGGAGUCUCACGUUUGCCCUUAUUGUAACAGAGAGUUUACGUAUAUCAGAAGUUUAAAUAAGCAUGCGUCAUUUAGCUGUCCAAAGAAGCCAGCCUCCCCUACUUCAAAAAAACACGUUUCUAAGUCAUCAAAGAAAGCACGUUCCACUUUUUCUUCCUCUACCAAGAAACACAAAGUCAGCAGCACACGGAGAACAGCAGAUGCAGAGAUUAAAAUGCAAAGCACAGAGACAAAUUUAGGAAAAACUAGAGCAAGGAGCUUAGGACCUACACCAGUUCAAUUACCUUCUCUGCCUAACAAGCCCAAACAAAGUCUGAAAUAUGCACCUCAGGUUAAAUCCAAAAAACAGAAUGUUAUAAGGAACUCUAGUCCCAUGAGAACAGCCAAAAAUCAUGCUCCUCAUGAGGGAAAGAAAGCAAAAAAAGCAGCACUGAAUAAUUUGACAUCAUCCAUUGGCAAAGCACCAAAAAAACUUCAUGUCCGAGUCCAGAAGAGUAAACUGCAAAAUAAAUCCAUAGCAAAAAAGAAACAGUCUGACAAAUUGUAUGCUAAAUCAAGGAAAAGAAUUGGUGGACCUAUCACAAGAAGCUCCCAGCAGACUGCAGACCCAGUGGAUAAGAGAGAAGACACACAGGGAAAGCCAGAUUCUAGGAACUUUCCUUAAUAUAUGAAUCCGUGUAUUUUCAUCUGUUGCGUAUUGAAGUUCAAGCACUACAAGAACAAACAAGAAACUGCAAAUCAAUCUGCAACUGACAGACACUCAACCUUUGCAGUCAUUUUACCACAAACUUGUAAAAGUUCUUAAAAAAAAAUUGAAUGUCAUCUGGCAUUGUGGAAUCAAGGCUGUUCAUUCCAAAUGGAUUCUGAAAUGUUCACUGAAAUUUGUUACCGUGAGUGUAACAUUAAAUGCAAAUAACACUGCAGCAUAUGAGUAAAAUGUGAAUUGUGUCCUUUGUAAAUGUUUGUUUGCAUAUUUUGGCAAUUCAGGGUUUGAAAAAGAAAUAUUGCUUUUACACAAUGAAGUAAGUAAUGCACCAAAUCAGGACAAACAUUUUACUGCAACCUGCACUUACACCCAUAAUGCAGAAUAACCAUUAGAAAUUUCUAGCUGAGCUUUCCAGCAGUAGUAGGCAGACACAGCAAUUACAGUUUAGGUUUUUUACAACUGUUUUUACCAGGUCUUGGGUAUUUUUUUUUUUAACUGUCUUGCUCAGAAUUGAAGAUAUUUUGCUGAUACCAUGAAAGUUUUACUUCAAAACCCCCUUUCAUAGGUAAGGCCCCCCCCCCUCCCCCCCACAUUUGGUAAAAGCAUUUAGGUCCUGGAAUUGAGUUUGCUUACAUAUUGCACACCUAGUACUGUCGUUUAGGGAAAAGUUUGACUUUUUACAAAUAUUUCUACUCCUUUAUUUGCCCGUACGCAAUGCUACAAUAUGCCUGGGUUAGCAACGCAUGGAUAGCUGCCUUUAUUUAUCCCUUUUAUUUGUUACCAGUUUAAAGAGUAAAUCUACCUCCUAGACUGUAGUUCAACACUUGUUUGGUGAAUAUGUGCCACUUUAUUGCUUUCACUAUCAUUCCCAUUUUGUUACAUUUCUCUAACGGGGACUUUUAUGUUCAGAACGUGUAUAAAGCAUUUGUAGUAAGUAAAAUUGAAAAAAAAAAGAAUAAAAUAUUUAAAGUUUAUUUAAAUUGUUUUGGACACGUCAGUUGAGUAUUAUGUGAUUUAUUUGUCUAGCAACUCAGCUAUAUUUUCGGGGGUGUACUGUUCUGGAGUUUGCUAUUGUGUUUUUUUUUUUUUAUGUUUUUGUUUAGUUGGCAAGUGAUUUUGAAAAAUAUAUACUAUUGGAAUAAUUACAGUUUGCAUAUUUGACAUAAAACAAGCUUGUCACUGCUUUUAAACCUUUCAACACUGACAAAUAUAUUUUACGUACACAAGUAUACAACUGAGAUGUGGUUUAUGCUAUUUUUAUUCUGGCAUGAAAUCUUGUGAUUGUCAGAUGUGUUUUAAAAUAAGAUGAAUUAAAAAAAAAAAAAAAAAAAGACUUUUAUGCUGUUUCAAGCACUUAAGAAUGGGGCUACCGUGAUACCUUUUAUAUACUUGUAAUCAAUAAAAAGACUUUAAUAAGCCA